AUGAUUGUCCAUGCUACUGAUGAUCCUACUGACGUUCCAGUCGAGAUUCUUGAAUCUUCAAGCUCUUUGAAUCUUGCAACAUUACCACAAUUGACGACAGACAUGGAAAAUGAUAAGACAAUGCAUAAAACGCACCUAGUAGAAUGUCGCAUUGAAGGUCAUGAGAUUCAAAAGAGACUAUCACUUAGGAAGAAAGCAUUGGAUCCACUACGUUAUUUACCAGAUAAUGGAGGGGUUGAAUCGUACUUUACAAUUGCUGUAUACAUAAAAGAAGAUGAAAACGCAAUGGAACCACAACGACAUGUUGUUCAACGAAGUUAUAAACAAUUUCGGUCCUUGCAUUUAAAAUUAAUGAAAACGUAUCCCAAGUCGAAUUUACCACGAGAUUUUCCUACAAUGCGUCAUAAUAAGAAACUGAAUGACGAGUACAUUGAGAUCAAAUGCAAUGAAUUGACGCGAUAUUUAGCUCAAUUGAUGCAAAUUCCACAAAUUAAAGCGUCCAAGAUGUUGCAUGAGUUUUUAGAGACAGUAACUGCCAUUGAAGACAGUAGUGAUGAUGAGUGUGGAUUGAUUAUACCAUCAAGAAUGCUAGAAGGACUACCAGGCACGAUUGUGACUGUUAGAGCUGGUCAAUCAUUCUCCGUGACGUUACCAUUAGAUACGGUUGGAGAUGUCGCGUCAUGGCAAUUUAUGACAAAGAAACAUAAUAUUGGAUUUAGUGCAACAUUUGAAGGACAAAUGAUUCGUGCUUACUCACGUGAAGGUGCAGAUAUGAAACCAGUAAAAGGAUUUUAUCGUUCCAUGACUCCGGGUACAUGUACACUUACAUGGGAUAACACGUAUACGUGGAGUAAAGCAAAAGUAUUGAUUUACUGGGCUGAGGUUGAGUCGCAGAAUGGACCAUUACCGUUGAAUGGACAACGUCAAGUAUCUAGUGCAUCGGUUGUAGCUCAAGAUAAGGAUUUACCAGCCGAGAGCAUCGAAGCUACACGACGAGGUAGCGGAGAAGCGUCAGAUUCCAUGGAUGUAGAUAAUCGUCGGAUGGGCUUUAUUGAACAUUCACGUAGCAACACAAUGCAUCCACGGUAUCUGAUGAACACAUCGAUCUCUCUGCUUUCGAAACCAUUUGUGCAUGGACAUGUGGGAAACCAAGAUGGUUCUGCGCAUGGAAAAACUCGAAAUAUGAUACCGCGAACGAUCUCAAAGCUUGCGAAUAUGAAUGCACGUGAAUUACAGCGAUCUAAUAGUAGUCGUCAGCUUGAGAUGAAGGCAGGGUUUCUUAUUAUCCAGCGCAGUGUGAAAUUCCGUGGACGGAAUUGGUACCGGAAGUGGUUUGUGCUGGACCUGCGGAAGUGCGUUUUGCGUUACUACGAUUCCGAGGCUGCGGCUCGCCGAGGAUUGUCGUUGGCUAAGCUCAACUUGUCGAACAAGCAUGCUUCUUUGGCUGUCACCAGCAGUGUGACUCUGGAUGCAGCUCCGACACCUUACAUGUUUCUGAUCUGCACCAAGAAACAUUCUUGGAACAUUUGUGCUUCAUCGCAAAGUGAGUGUAACGAGUGGGAAAGCGCAAUCUCAACGGCUAUCCUGGCUUUUCAGUGUUCUCAACGUGGCAGAAAGAGCAAGAAGGCAGUGGGUAAGACUGAAUGUUCGACAUCACUACGAAAGGAAACGUCUUUUAGGGAAUCUGAAGACGACGAGUCAUCACGGUCAGGCGCAUGUACGGACACCAAGGAAAGUGCCGUGGCAACGUCAAAUUAUCAGGAUCCUGACAAGCCUCUUGAUCGAAUCGAAGUGUUUGACGAAGAUGACGACGGUUUGGACAACAAAGAUGGCAGUUUUGAUGACGACAACGAUGAUGAAUCCGAGUCGGAUUCUGACGACGAGUUACACGAAGAUGAUAAUGACAUUGAAGUUGUUCAACCUGGUAUGAAAACCACUUUACCGACAAAUAGCCGAACUGAAUCUAUUGGAGACUUGCCAGAGCUGCACAAUCUCUUAGUGGAGUGGAAAUUUGGUUUUGCAGCUGUGCUAAACCUGUCGCUCUUGUUUUACUUAGAACACUCGAAUGAUAACGAGUUGGAAGCGUCCUUAUCAACGAAACCCAAGUUGGCAUAA